UAUUUAAAGCCCGGGAGCGCUCCAUCUAUCGGAAGUCCCAACCGUCUCAGAGCUCAAGCGAGGGGGCUUCAUCUCUUGCGUUCCAAUUGGCCAUCUCUUCGAAUUUAACGUUUGAUGGAGAGUUCAGGAGCUCCAUCGCGAACGGCUGAGGAAGCUUUUCCGAAUCUUUCCGAUCAACAGGUAUCUGAUGCAGGUGAAAGAGUUCAAGGAGAAACUGUAUCAAGAUCCUUGGGAACCGCACUGCCUACUUCUGUGGAAAGAACUAUUUCUCUGGAAUCUAGUGCUAGUUCAACUAGAAAAACAGGGUUACCUCCGAGACAGACUUCAGCAAGGAUAAAAUCAUCCAUCAGAAAUCAGCUUCCGCGGUUCGGGUUUCAGACCACAGAUUUGACCCCACAAUGUGAUCAGGCAGUUCUCACUCAGGCGCUGUUUUCAGAACAACAGCAGGAGAAAACUUCUGCAUUGAGGCCAUCCUCUCUGACCAAAGAUGUGUCCUCUGUAUCAGCACAUAGGACACGCUCUUUACCUGUGACACAAGCGGCCGGUUCAGGUCUUCCAUCUGUACAGGAGAAUCUCAAAAUUGACCUCUCUGAUUUGGAUCAGAAAGAAGAUAUUCGGAAGCAGAUUCCACGCUCAUUUUCACUACCUGGCAAUGUCAAAAGCAGUUUGCAGCAGAUCAAUUCAUUUGGGGUUCUAGUCUGUGUAAUGUCAGCAAACUCGCACUCUACUGUUGAUGGUGGUUCGCCAAAUCAUGCUGUAGAAGCAAAUGAAGCAACUCAAGAAGAAGGGGAAGAUAUUCUUGAGGAAGAGGCAAUCUGCCGAAUAUGCUUUCUUGAUUUCAAGGAUGGUAGGCAGGUUCUGAAGAUGGAGUGCAGUUGCAAAGGUGAACUUGCACUUGCACAUGAGGAGUGUGCGGUCAAAUGGUUUAGCAUUAAAGGUAAUAAGACAUGCGACAUCUGCAAGCAGGAUGUUAAAAACCUACCUGUGACUUUAAUGAGAUUACAGAAUCCUCAGACUGCUAUUGUCCAGCCGCCAAAUGCACUUCGGCAGAGGCAAGCUACCCACGAUAGGGUUUGCAACAAUAUGCAAUUUUUGAUUGCAUUCAGCAUGCUUUCCUAUAUAUGUUUCCUGGAGCUUGUUAUGACGACAACUUUGAAGAAACAGGCAUCUGAUACAGGCACACAUAUUCUGGCUAUAUCUUUGCCUCUCGGUAGUAUUCUUGGUUUUCUAUCAUCCAUGAUAACUUCUCUAGUGGCAAGCGGAAGUGGCAUAUGGGUGUAUGCUUUUUUUCAGUUUGCAGUUGUAACAAUGUGUGCUUACAUCUUCUAUCAUGUGUUCUUGUCUACAAAUUUACAGCUGAAAGCGGCAACUGUAGUAAUGGUCCUACUAUCCUCAUUCAUCGGAUUUGGAAUCGCCGUCAGUGCAUAUUCUCUAUUUCGGGAUUACUUGUCACAGAGAGCUAGGUGGAAUCUGCAUUUUUUUCUCCAGCAAAAUGUAGGAGGUGGGAAUCGCCCAAAUUCUAUCAACAAUAUUGAAAUCGAAAACAUGGAUGCUCCCCAGCAGCAAGAAAUCGGGAAUAAUGCUGCUGUUUAACACCAUGGAUGGCAUUAUUUAAUAAUUCCAUUGCAGAUUAUUUGAAGAAUUUUGUUCGCAUAAACAUUGCUGCUGUACAAUGUGGGGCAGGCUCGGUUCCACAAUCACCAUUUUCUGCAAGAUAUUAGUAGUUGAUAUAAGAGAAGCGUGCAUUAUUAUUAAGCAGCCCAGAGGAUGAGAAGGAAUGAAGAGUACUGGAUCAUGUUAUUGACAAAAUUUGUACAUAUGGGUAAAGGGAUGCCUUUUACUGCUCUGAGAUCUUCUUAACACUGUUGUCAUAAAGCAUCUGUGCUUCUUUUGAGAAUGGAAGUGCAGUAUAUACA